AUGAGCGGCGCAGAUAUCCGAGACGUUUUUGAGCUUCCGCCACCAGGAGCAGUGAAUAAACAAAAGCCGAAAAGUCAAGGCGAAAAACGUCCCGAAGGAAUAUCUCGUGAGCUUUUCUCUUUGCUUGGUGAAAAUUCUGCACCAUUAGCAAUUUAUCAAAAAAAAUUUAAAGAAAAGCCAAAGAGUAACCAGAAAGCGAAGAAUUGGGUUUGGCAUCCGUUUAGAAACCCAUCUAGAGGAGAUGAUCUUGCGUUACACCAUUGGGUUCUAAAGUCAGAAGCAGAAUCGGAAGCUCCGUAUAAAUUUGAAAAGUUCAAUACAAUCCUUUUCAUUCAGGACUAUACGGAUGAUGAAUAUCGUGAAUUAUUGGAAGAUGAAGAUUGGUCAAAAGAAGAAACGGACUAUUUAUUUAAGCUAUGUAGAGAAUUUGAUCUUCGAUUCUUUGUAAUAGCUGACCGCUAUCAAUGGCCGGGUAAAAAUCGUACACUAGAAGAUCUUAAAGAUCGGUUUUAUGCUGUAUCUAGGAAGACUUUAACGGCUCGAAAUCCCAUUAACGGCAUGACAGCUGCUCAGAGUUCUUUGCUUAAUAGCAUGGAGUAUAACAAGGAACAAGAAGUAAUCAGGAAGAAUUAUCUCGUUGGUUUGGCUUCUAGGACUCCCGAAGAAGUGGCUGAGGAAGAAGCUUUAUUCAUAGAACUUAAGAGGAUCGAGUCUUUACAAUCCAAGCUUUUGAGUGAUCGAGAGGAAGUGCUAAAGCUACUUGAUGAGCAAAAGUCAACUGAGGACCUUCAAUCGUUUCAUACUAGUGCUGGAGUAAGUGGGUUGAUUCAAGACAUGGUAAAUGCUCGCCGAGUCACUAAAACAGAAGAUCCUGCUACUAAUUACUCGGCUCCAUCUUCUGGUGUCAGUAGUUCUGUCAGCACACCUGCUCGUUCGUUUGCGUUGAACGCGCCCAAAGUCAGAUAUGGUCCAUCGCCUAACGACGCAAAAUCGGGUAUUUCAUGGCAUGAAAAACUGCAUAGCGGCUGUUUUGUUCGUUCGCAAAAGAUUCCUGCCGUGAAAGCUUCAUUAGUUCAAAAAGUUCAUGCUACGAUGAACGAGUUGGGCGUAUCGUCUCGCUUGAUUAUGCCAACUGCGAAAGUCUCUGAAAAAUACGUGGAAUUACAGAAUACUAUAGUUAUUCUUCUGGAAUUGAAAAGACAGCUGGAUCGCUUUUCUCAAGAAUCGGACAUUCAAGGUCGAUUGAACGGUUCUAAAAAGAGACCUGCCUCACCGGAUACCAUUGAAGAUGGUCGAAACAAAAAACUUAUAACUGGAUCCGGUGAUACUUCUAGAAGGAAUGUGUAUAAUAAUGAUGUUUUGUAA